AUGUUAGCAGCGCGCGGAGUAUCAUUAGGCUUGGGGAAGAUCAACUUGUCCGAGUUGAAUCAGCUCCCAGCUGCUGAUCGUGCCCUACUCGGUAAGAUCCAGAAACUCAAAAAGAAGGCUCAAGAACGGCCGAAAUUGAUCGUCAAGAAGCAUGUGGAUAGAAAGGUAGGGUGAUAUUACUCUUGGUCAUAUUGAAGACUAAACUUAAAAAUAAAAAAUUUUAAAAGUUUUUAAAAAUUAAAUAUGUAAGUAUAAGUUAGUGAAUUAAAAAUUUCAUGACAUAUUAUUGGUUUGGGAGAGGUGAGGCAAAGGGAAGAAAGGGUAGAUCUAAAAAAAUUUAUAAUACUAUAGUAUGUUUAAAUAAUUAUGUGCCCAUAUCAAACCAAAUUUUUAGAGGUAAGGGCACAGAAUUAUAUGAACAAACUAAGAAAAUGAUUUUUAUCCGUUAGUUUUUGAAAAUUUAUAUAAAGGUACUAUAUGGUUCUAUAUUAUGGUACUCCUAAUGAGGUGUCAUUAGGGCUGUUAAUUACUAAAGCCUGAAUUUAAACAAAAGUACUAUAACUCACUUUCUAGUAGUACCAACAGUAUCAAAGUACCUAAAAACAAAAAGUUUUAUAAGUGGCUUAUAGCUAGGGCUAGAACUUCCUAUUUAUAUAACAGUACCAUUAGUCGCAAAUCGUGGGGCUAGGUCUAGAGUUUUUUCGGGUCAAAUUCACUCCCAAAAACCUAAUCAACGUAAUUUGAAUAGUUACUUUCGUACACAAUUACAUCGUCGAACGUAUUGAAUUACCGGUAAAAACUCAACUGUUUCUGUCUUCUGGCAUUUUUCGAAACAAUGAAGUCAUCUACACCUAUUCUGGUGAUUAUUCACGGUAACUGACGUUGCUUUGUCUUUGGCAUUAUAUUUUAGCUACUUGGUUUAACUUUGAAGUUUUCUAACUGUCUUGAGGCAUUUUACGUGAGCUAGAGCAUUGCUACAUUACCUAAGAAAUUUUACGUUACUGAUUCAUUCUAAGUUGCCUAGAGGCAUUCUACGUUACCUGGCGCUAAAUAUUAUAUUACCUUUACUUUGACUUUCUGGCAAUUACCUAUAACUUUUGACUCUCUAAAACAUAUUUUACAAUAAAAAGAUAGUAGAAUAGCUACCCGCCUAUGAUAAAACUCAGUAAAACAGUUAACCAGCUUAUGACAUAAGCCUAUAAUAUCAAGCUUGAAAGUUUGUACAAGGCAUUAACGCUGGAAUGAACAUAAAACAAGAGGCCCAGUCCGAAUCGGUCUAAUCGAGUUUGUGGGAAAGUGGGCUCCAAAUUGCUUUUUUGUCGCUAAUGGACCUUCGAUUCAUGAAGCUACUGGCGGAAAAGGUCGAGAAAGAGGUAAGGCUAUCACUGAUUUCAAUUUUUGGAAACUAGGCUGAUGUUUUCAAGUUAAGUUACUGUUUUGUGAAUAGCCAGGAAUCUUUGUAAUUGUAAGCAUUAUGAAUGGCUCGAAAUUUUAAAUUAAAAAGUAUUAGUUAUAGGAAGAAAAUGACUAAAUUUGGUCGUUUAAUGACAUUAAAAACGUCGUAAAAGUUAACGGAAAAUGAAAUUUUUGAAAUUAAACUUUCUUUAGUAUUAAAUUUUUAUCUAAAAUGGGCUAUCAAAAGUCAUGUAGCUUUUUUGAGAAUGUAACACAAAUGUUCAAAAUGCCUUUCAGAGUACUAAAAAAACAGCAUGAAUUUUGUUCGUAAUAGAAUAAAACUCAAAUAAAAGCUUCUUUUAUCCAAAAAAGCUUGUAAACUGCCAUUUUUUAUUAUAGAAAGGAGUUAAUAAAAUCGUUUAGUUUUUUAAAUUUUUUAAAACAUUGGUUUAUAGUUAGUAACUGUGGUCUUUGAAUAAAAAAAAUCUAAAAUUUUUUGUUUAAAAUAUUAUCGUUUUUUAAAUUUUAUUUGUUUUUGACUUCAAAUAGGAUAAUAUGAUAUUAUCAUACUACCAAAUUUAAAAAAAGGUUUUGGUAGUUUUUGGCCGUGCAAAUACAAUUGAACUCCUGUAUAACAAACUCUUCGUUGACCAAAAUUCCAUGUAUUGUGCCGACAUAAAGAACCCGUUAUUUUUCACAAGAAAUUACAGGAAAAGUAUGGCGGGUUCUUUAUGUCGGAACUUAAUAACAAACAACUUUUUAAUCUGACAUUAAACAGUAAAUUUAAUACUCCUGCGUACCAAAAUAUUUUAAUAAGUUGUUGGUUAUACAGAAGUUCCACUGCAUAUAUAAAUAAACGACAAUUCUUUUUUGGAGCGCGGAAUUUAAAAAGCUGGUUAAGUUCAGGACUAGGCAUAGCUUUAGUGCUAUGGGAAGAGCCCGCUUGGAAGGGGAAGGUAAUUAUAAUCUUUUUUACUUUUCUCAACUGGGACCUUUAUGCUGUUAAAGUGCCAAAAAUUCAAAACUUUUUAAUUUUUUCAAAUUGAAUUUCUGAGCCUUUGUUCCUGUAACAUACCACAAUUUAAAAACCAUACUUUUUUCAUCAAAAAAUGUUUUUCCACAUAUUUUAAGCCCGAAAUUCAUUAAACGAAAGGGAAAAGAAGGCCGAGUUUAUGAAUAGAUCCUCCGAGAAUUGCCUUUUCUGAUGGUUUCUAUGAUAAUAUAUUAUAUAUAUGAAAUAUAUGUGAUAUGUACAUAUACAUAUAUCACAUCUGGCUGUUUUAAAUUCCUCAAAUAUUUCGCUAAAGUUGUAUGGCUAAAAUACUAGUCGGGCUGUUUUUGGAUGUUUAGGAGAACUUCGGGUAAUCCUAUUACUUUGGUAGGUUUUUAAUUUGUAGGCUUGUCGUAUUUUUUAAAUUAAUUGAGAACGGAGUACUUACAAUAAAAAUUUAUAUAAAAUUUUUAAAUUUUGCGAAAAUGUGGCUUUUAAAAAAAUUAUGAUUGAUUAUAGUGUGAGCCAAGAGUACGUUAAUUUAGGUAAUAAUAGGGUUCAAAAAGCCCAAAAAAUUAAAAAGUUUUUAAAAAAUUUUAUUAAGAGCAGUGUUUAGAAUUUUUUUAAAGGCCAGUCCGGUUUGCUAAAAAAUCAAAACAAGCCGGGGCUAAACUAUGGUCCCCGGGCCCGUGCUGGGUCUUUUGCUUUAUAUAAACUUCUGGACCUAGAUUUGUCGUAUAAACAAAGCAAACUUACUAUAACGCUUUUUUACGGUACUAACUUAGUCAUAGAAUGCUAUAUAGAACAACUUUGACUUUUAAUUACGUUCUUUCAAACCUUCUUAUGUCUACUAUAAUAUAUUAUUGAUAUAACGCAUCAAGAGCACUCUUAUUAAUGCAUUUUACUUUACUUUGUUUCGAAUUUCGAAGCCGUUUUUGAGUAUUUUUUUGGAGAACGGAAAUCGGAACCCAAACUACUUGGCCCAGUUUUGUGGCCAAAGGGUCGAGCAGAGAAGAGGGUCGAUUAUCAUUUUAAUAUAUAAAUAACGUCACUGUAAUCAAUUUUGUACUUUUACAGUGCUUUUUAUUGCUGUAGGGUAGGGUAGGGUAGGGUAAGGUAGGGUAGGGUAGGGUAGGGUAGGGUAGGGUAGGGUAAGGUAGGGUAGGGUAGGGUAGGGUAGGGUAGGGUAGGGUAGGGUAGGGUAGGGUAGGGUAGGGUAGGGUAGGGUAGGGUAGGGUAGGGUAGGGUAGGGUAGGGUAGGGUAGGGUAGGGUAGGGUAGGGUAGGGUAGGGUAGGGUAGGGUAGGGUAGGGUAGGGUAGGGUAGGGUAGGGUAGGGUAGGGUAGGGUAGGGUAGGGUAGGGUAGGGUAGGGUAGGGUAGGGUAGGGUAGGGUAGGGUAGGGUAGGGUAGGGUAGGGUAGGGUAGGGUAGGGUAGGGUUUAUAAUCAUCUCUAUUUCAUAACAUACCUACUUUGUCAUAUACAUUCUUACUCCAUAACACUAUAAAAUGUAUGUUUUGUCACAUACAUCUCCAUACCAUAACCUAUCCAUCUUCUCUCGAUCUUAUGUAAGCCCGAGGCAUUGUUUACCAUCCUUAAAUUCCAUUUUACUGUAAACCGCGGGCCGUAAAAUAGUGUCAAAAUGAGAUUACUCGGCGGGUUCCGGCUUUGAUAUUAUGUCAUAAUAAUAAAGUAAUACGAUUGUUGUGCACAAUGGUCCGCUUUUGCGUGACUCGUCUUCUUUUCGGCCCGCAGGCGGCUUUACAAUCAUUUUACAAGGAGUUGUACAGUUGGUUUACUAGGAUUAGGGCAUGGUUUAUGUUCUUUACUGUUGCAUCUUUUGAUAUUUUAAGCUACAUAUUGAUGUACUAUGUUGUCUUAUGUUAAAUUGCUAAGUUUAAGUUGAUUAUAUAGCCCUGUACUAGCUCACAAUAUGUUAUAGAUAGUGUUAAGUGUCUUGCAGUUACUAUGUUAUACCAUUAUGUAGCUUACUCCCGGUUUGAAACAGUAUAAAGCCCACUUUUGCUUACUUUUGUUUCAAUAGGAUUACUAUGUAAUUAAGUUUCAUGCUACUAAAAAAACUCUUUUUUGUACUUCCUAUAGGCACAAAGUAACAUAAUUUAUCAGACAUACAUGUGAGUAGGGCUGGCUGAAAUUGAGCUCUAGUGAGGGUCAAGCCAUGUAGAGAAAGGUCUGUAAAAAGGUUUAGUUCUGUUUGUUAAGUUGUCCACAAAAUUCUGAGCUAAUACAAUUUUGGAAAGUUUCUUUGAAUGGGAGCAAGGAACUAUUUGAACCGACCUAAUACUUAAGGUUUUUUGAAUUUUUUGAAAAAAUUAUAUGUUUAAUGGCUCUUUCGGGGAUACUUUUACCACCCUUCUGAUAGAAAUGAGCAGGGCGGAAUGAAAUUUACCGUCUUAUAUAAUAUAUAUAUAUGUAGGCUGUGGAUUGUUUAAUGAAACAAUACUUUAAUUGUCUCAUGUGUUUUCCCAUGACUAUUACUUUAGUUUUUUUUACAUUAUAGUAACCAUUUUAUUAGGUGUUUUAUGGGUUUGUGUUAGCAUUUUUUUCUUAUGAGGUAAAUAAAAUUGAAUAUAAUAAUAGUUUUCUAAUGAAAACUUCAAAUGGCACGUUAGAAAAUACAAAAAUCUUACAUCUUGUUAAGUAAAGUGGCACUUUCGACCGUGAGGUUUUGUAGGGUCACGCAAGACGUUUUUUGAAUACUAAGGUAAUUUUGGUUUUUUUCAGUAUUAUAUUAAAGAUAAAUUUGAAUUUUUGAUUAUUAGGUGCCGACAUAAAGAACCCGUCAUACUUUGCCUGUAAUUUCCUGUAAAAAAUGGCGGGUUCUUUAUCUCGGCACCUAAUAUAAUAAGAUUAGUUCGUUCACAUAAUUCUGUAUUUCCUAUAUAAUCCUAAAAGUUUGUUUUGAAAAGGAGCACAAAAUUUUUUUAACAACCUAAUAUUUACUUAUUCUGAAGGUUUAGAACUUAAUGGUAAACAUUCUUGGUCUUAUAGCUUCUUUUAUCUAUACCUUUUUAUAAAAGAGUUCUACUGUACUUCAGUUUUUUUACUUUUUAUAUUAUACUUUGAUUUGGUUGAUGAUAUCUUAUCGUUCUCAUACUCAUCUUUCUUAUACUUUAGACAGGUCCAACAAUGGUACCGUAGCUUAAUGUAAAUUACUGUAAUGUACGCGCCUCGGGCUUUGCGAUCGGCUAGUUUCCUGCAGCCUGAGGGGUUUACACUCUCCGAAUUAGCGGCCAGGCCACGAAUAAACCAGGUCCCGAGACGGGCCUUAUCACAACGGGCCUACUCCUACUUUCUCAAAACUUAUUAUCAUCGAAAUCGAGAGGUAGCCUUAGGGGUUUUAAAUAAUAUUUUAAAAAUUAGUUUUUUAAAUUUUUAUUACAGAUCUUCAAAAAAAGGUAAAAUACGGCAAUAUAGUUGUAUUCUAUUUAAAUUUAAGAAACUGGUACUGUAUGGUACUAUUUCACAAAAUUUUUAAGAAGAUGGUUCUGUUGGGUACUAAUUAACACAAUUUUAAAGAAACUAGUGCUGUAUGGUACUAUUUAACCAAAUUAUUACACAAAUAGUACUGUAUAGUCCUAUUCAAAAAAAUUGUGCUGUGCAGUACUAUUUUACAAAAUUUUUAAGAAACUAGUCUUAUAGUUACUAAAAUGCUAACAAAAACUGUUACAGACACUAUGGGCAGCAUGCAGAGCAGUUGUGAUUGGUGCCAUUAUCAUCUGUUUGGGCUUGUUCAUGACUGUGCUUGGCUACUUUGAUCGGGAUUUAACAACGGUAAGUCUAAUUGCGCAUUAGACUUGAAAGGUAGUCCCGCCAAUAGGUCAGGCUCGCUGAAGCAAAUUUGAAAAGGGCCGGGCCGGCAAAAUACAGGGCCCGAGAACCGGGGCUCAAACCAAGUCCUCAAGGGCCCAAUGUGUCUUUAACUAUCCCAUUUUUUCGUAAAAUACGCCACCAGACCAGGUUCCUUUAAAAAAAAUAUUUUCAGAGUUCCAUCUACAACAUGACGACAGGAGACGAGAUCGUAGUGAUCGAUGCUUCACUCCGAUACAAACUCAAGAGUAUGCAGUACGUUGGUCCUGUUCUCAUGGGUCUGGGUACCUUUUUGUUGAUCAUUGCUUGUGUUAUCACGUUAGAGUCUCGGGACAGACAUGCUCAAAUCAUUCAGGAAGAAUCGUCAAGUCAUAAGAACAAACGAGAGAUGAUCAACUCGUCGACAAAGUUUUCGUUGUUACCUAAUGAUACGACCGAAGACAUGACGAUUCAGAAUCAUGUUGUUGAUGACGAUGGGUUGUUGAGUAAGUGAAAGUUUUUGAUUUAAAAAAUAUUUUUAGGGUUUAAAGUUGGAUUUAAAUUUAAUUUUGGUUACUUUGUUAUUUUGACUUUCUGUAUGAUAUUAUAGUACUUUGAGUCGUUUUAUCUAAUAAAGUCGCUUUAGCUCAAAGAACAGAUCGACCAUCGAUUGAUUCAGACACGGAGAUUGAGAAACUCAAAGGCAAUAACAUAUUGUAAGUUUUUUAAAUAAAAAGAUGGCGUAUUAAAGUGGAAAAAAAGUCUUGUCGCUUUAAUACGUGAAAAGUAUAGUCAAAUUGUGACAAAAUUUUUUGAGUUUUCUAGAUAUUGAAAAAUACAGUUGUAAGACAUCUGAAACAUGUUUUAUUUAAAAAAGUAAUAUUUAUUGUAAAAUACGUCGAAACCCGUCUUUGAAUCAAAUCUAAAUUUGAUCUCUUCAGAAACCAACAGCACGUUGAAGCAGAAGUCCAUCGUACGCUGGAAGACGAAGACCAGCCCGGUCCAAGCGCUCGCAAAACCCAAUCGUUCCGUGAGUGUUCGAAAAAGAACGGCGGCCAACGUCUCAGCUUGCAGAAGCCGCCGCUGCCGGAAUCCGGGCUUCUGUUGUCGACGGUGCACUUAAAGAAGCCCAAGGGUCCGGCUCCAAUUGCACACUUUGACUCUCAACUCGAAAUCCCACUGUCUUCGGCGUCAUGCUCAACGUUGGGCACCAACAAUUACAGGUGA